AUGGAGGGGAGCCAGCGUGAAGCCGUGCUCCACAGCUGUCAUCAGCGAGGCGCCAACAGGCUCUUGGAUCUGUGCUUCAGCAAUGGCGGCAUCUACAUCAAGCUUGGCCAGCAUGUGGCGAUGCUGGACCACCUGGUCCCAGCAGAGUACGUGCAGACCAUGCGCAAGCACAUGCUCAACCGCUGCCCCAUCAGCUCCUGGGAGGAGGUGGCCGGCAUUGUGCGCGAGGACUUGGGCGCGCCGCCCGAGAAGCUGUUUGCCAGCUUCUCGCCGGCUCCCCUGGCGUCCGCCAGCCUGGCACAGGUCCACGAAGCCACCGGCUUUGACGGCCGCCGGCUCGCAGUGAAGGUGCAGCACCGGGGCUUGAGAGAGUCCAGCUCUGCAGACCUCGCCACGCUGGCAGGUCUCAUUACCAUCGUCAAGUGGCUCGCCCCGGAAUUUGACUACGGCUGGCUGAUUGAGGAGGCGCGCAAGAACGUCCCCAAGGAGCUGGACUUCCAGCAGGAGGCACGCAACGCGGAGCGCUGCCGCUCCAACUUGGCGGCAGGCACCAGCUCUGUACGGGAACAGGUGGUCGUCCCCGCGAUUGUGCACCCCCUCUCCUCCGCCAGGGUCCUCACCAUGGAGUUCAUGGACGGCGUCAUGGUGACCGACCUGGAGGGCCUGGCCCGGCUCCGGGUGCCCCCCGCCGCCGUGGCGGAGCGGGUGUCUCGCACCUUCAACGAGAUGAUCUUCCGACACGGCGAUGUGCACUGCGACCCCCACGCCGCCAACAUGCUAGUCCGCGCCGCCCCUGGGGCGCCUGGUGGCUGGCAGCUCGUGCUGCUGGACCACGGCCUGUACCGCCAGCUGGACGACGCACUGCGCCUGGAGUACGCGGGCCUCUGGCAGGCCCUCAUCUUUGCCGACGAGGCGGCCAUAAGAAGGCACGCCAGCGCGAUGGGCGCGGGCGCCAGUGUGCCGCUGUUCGCAGGCAUGCUGACUCAGCGCCCCUGGGACCAGGUGCGCCGCGCUCACGGCGCCCCGGAGCGGCUGCGGGUGGAGGGCAGCGAGGCGGAGCGGGAGCUCAUCCGGGGCUUUGCGGUGCAGUACGCGUCGGAGAUCGCGCACCUGCUGCGUUGCAUGCCGCGGCCCCUGCUCCUCCUGCUGAAGACUAACGACUGCCUAAGGGCCGUGGACCGCGCGCUGGGCACCCCGGUCAACACCUUUGUGAGCACGGCGCGGGAGUGCAGCGCCGCGCUCUCCCAGGAGCGCCUCAGGCGGCGCCCGGGCCUCGCCUCCCGCCUGCUGGGGCUGAGGGACCGGGCCAUGGUCGAGUCACGCCUGGCCCUGGUCAGGGUCAUCGUCUGGGUCAAGGGCCUGCGUGGCAUGUCCGAGGGCUCGGCGGCUGGGGACCAGCCAGCGGUGGAGCUGCCCGCGCUGACGUGA